AUCAGGAGCCGAGCUGCGAUGCCUGGCCGGUGAUGCAAGGCUCGAUCUUUCCAGCACGCUUUUCCCUCGGGCUCCAGGCUCUCCCGCGGGUGCAGCUCGGGCUGGUUCGGGUGUGGAGCCUCGGCAGCCUCCACCCGCUCAGGACCCGGCCCUGGGAGCUGCGGAGUUGCAGUCACACUUGGAGCUUUCUUGGGGCUUUCUUGGUGUCCCGUCUCCGUCCUCCCCUCCCGCCUUGGCCGAGCCCCAGCUCCUCGCCCGGAGGAAGGGUGCACGUUGUGGGCAUCUCCCAUCCACCGAAAUCUAUGAUCAGCUCGGUGUGUGUCUCCUCCUACCGUGGACGCAAGUCUGGGAACAAACCACCCUCCAAAACAUGCCUGAAGGAAGAGAUGGGCAAAGGGGAAGAGUCGGACAAGAUCACCAUCAAUGUGGGCGGCACCCGGCAUGAGACCUACAAGAGCACCCUGCGGACUCUGCCGGGCACCCGCCUGGCCUGGCUGGCCGACCCCGACGCCCAGAGCAACUUUGACUUUGACGGCAAAAGCAACGAGUUCUUCUUCGACCGGCACCCCGGCAUCUUCUCCUACGUGCUCAACUACUACCGCACGGGGAAGCUGCACUGCCCCGCGGACAUCUGCGGGCCCCUCUUCGAGGAGGAGCUCACCUACUGGGGCAUCGACGAGACCGACGUGGAGCCCUGCUGCUGGAUGACCUACCGGCAGCACCGCGACGCCGAGGAGGCCCUGGACAUCUUUGAGAGUCCCGAGCCUGGCGGAGGGGCUGCCGGAGAGGAGGCUGAAGAGGAAGGGGGUAGGGAGAUGGCCCUGCAGCGCCUGGGCAUGGAUGACAGGCCCCCAGGGGCGGCAGGGGCGGCCGGAGGGGGUGGAUGCUGCAGGAACUGGCAGCCCAAGAUGUGGGCGCUCUUUGAGGAUCCCUACUCAUCCAAGGCGGCAAGGGUGGUUGCUUUCGCCUCGCUUUUCUUCAUCCUGGUCUCCAUCACAACCUUCUGCCUGGAGACACACGAGGCCUUCAACAUCGAUGUCAACGUGACGGAGACCCUGGUGGUGGGCAACACCACCACGGUGCUGCUGACCCACAAGGUGGAGACGGAGCCCAUCCUCACCUACAUCGAAGGGGUCUGCGUGCUGUGGUUCACCCUUGAGUUCCUGGUUCGCAUCAUCUGCUGCCCAGACAAGCUUCUCUUCAUUAAAAACCUGCUCAACAUCAUUGACUUCGUGGCCAUCUUGCCCUUCUACCUGGAGGUGGGUCUCAGUGGCCUGUCCUCCAAAGCUGCCCGGGACGUGCUGGGUUUCCUGCGGGUCGUUCGCUCCGUGCGCAUCCUGCGGAUCUUCAAGCUGACGCGGCACUUUGUGGGUCUGCGCGUGCUGGGCCACACUCUGCGGGCCAGCACCAACGAAUUCCUGCUCCUCAUCAUCUUCCUCGCCUUGGGGGUCUUGAUUUUCGCCACCAUGAUCUACUAUGCCGAGCGGAUCGGAGCCAAGACGUCCGACCCCACCGGGAGCGACCACACUCACUUUAAGAACAUCCCCAUCGGCUUCUGGUGGGCCGUGGUCACCAUGACCACCCUGGGCUAUGGUGAUAUGUACCCCAAAACCUGGUCGGGGAUGGUAGUGGGCGCCCUGUGCGCGCUGGCCGGGGUGCUGACCAUCGCCAUGCCCGUGCCUGUCAUCGUCAAUAACUUUGGGAUGUAUUAUUCCUUGGCCAUGGCCAAGCAGAAGCUGCCAAAGAAGAAGAAAAAGCAUAUACCCCGUCCAGCCCCGAUGGACUCACCCACCUACGGCAAAUCCGAGGAGAACUCGCCCCGGAACAGCACCCAGAGCGACACUUGCCCACUGGCAGUGGAGGAGGGGGUGACUGAGAGGAAACGGUCAGACUCCAAGCAGAACGGGGAGGCCAACGUGGUGCUGUCGGACGAGGAGCAGCCGCUGUCGCCGGUGGACGAGGAGCAGCGGCCGAUGCGGCGCUCCAGCACCCGGGACAAGAACAAGAAAUCCUCCACGUGCUUCCUGCUGGCCACGGGGGACUUCUCCUGUGCAGCAGAUGGAGGCAUCCAGAAAGAUUCCUGCCAGGACACCCUCGCUUCCAGUUACCCCCAGGGUGAGGUGGUCACCUUCUCCUGAGCCCCAGCUGGCUGCAGGCACUGCCCUGGCCAGGGAUGCCUUCCCCAAGGGAUGCCCUCCCCAGGGUGGAAGGAGGCUCUCCCUGGGGCCAGGGGAUGCUCUUCCUAAGGCUGAAGGAUGUAUUCCCCCAGGGAUGCCCUCCCCAAUGUCCAGGGAUGC